AUGAAGGCAGGGGAUCAGUGCAUUUUUCGGUAUUAUGAGAUCCUUCCAUUGGAUCUUGAGCCGGAAUAUAAAAUGGGAUACACAUGUGACAUGUGCUCCAAGGACUUUUUGAAGACACCCUUUUUUCAUUGUGCACGAAGUGGGCGAGACUUGUGUAUGAGCUGUGGCGAGAAAUUAUCAUUAACUCCGUUUUCGUCGCUAAUUGGAAGGAUAAUGGUCCCGAAUUUUAUUUGGAAGGACUCACAGAAAGAGAUUAUCGUUGUCCUUUGUUAUCAGAUUCAAUUUGAAUAUUUCGGUUGCUAUUUCUCCGAUGGUUCUAAUCUUCUUAUUGCGUAUGAAGAUGCGUUUCCUAGUUUUUACAUAGAGUACGGUUGCAGUAUCGAAAAUGCCAUAUCUCUGCCUAAAGUAGAACUGUUACGGAGGUUUUCGUGGGUCAAAAAUGCAGUGAAAAUAUGGGAAGAUGGUUGUGUUUGUUUUCACGAUGUAGCAAGGAUCCCCGAUCGUUUCCGCCCAUGUUUCUUGACUUCUUUUCGUCAGGAUGGCUUGUUUAUAGAAUUUUGCUUGUCUGAUGGCUUUUCAGAGAUUGUACAUUCUGGAGAGGGUGUAGUUGUUGUGGUUAAAGGAACAUGUGUUAUUUCUUGUCUCGUGAUGAAUUUACCAUUGCGCUGGGGUAAAUCACUGCCAAAGGCUGCCGCCUCCUUAUUGGAUUGGUUUCGAAAUGGAGACUGA